UACCUGCGCCACAACAAGGUGCCGGAGUCGCUGCGGGAGUCGAUCCACGCGUACUACGACUACCUCUGGAACGCGUCGUCCGUCACCGACGACGCGCUCUUCGGCGACCUGACGGAAACUUUAAAGCUCAAGCUCGCCCUCGCCGUGAAGCGCAAGUUCAUCAUGAGCUGCCCCCUCUUCAAGGCCCUGAACCCCUACGCGGUCAUCAACCUCGUGCAGCGCCUCGAGCACCGCAUCGCCGUGCCCGACCAGAUCAUCAUGGCCGAGGACGAGCACGGCGACACGAUGUACUUCUGCGUGCGCGGGAAGCUCGCCGUGACCAUCCGGGAGAAGCAGACGAAGCAGCUCAUCAAGGUCGCGGAACUCAAAACGGGCGACUACUUUGGCGAGGCGGCGAUCAUCACGGGCGCGCGCCGGUCCGCGACGAUCACGGCGUUGAGCUUCUGCGAGCUCUUCAUGCUGAGCAAGGCGGCCUUCUCCGCGGCGCGCCACGAGAACGCCGAGUUCUGCAAGGCCGUCGAGAGCCAGGUGAAGCAGCGC